CACCGAUCCGGAACAGCAGCGGCAGCGGUUUUCCCCUUCCCGAGUACCGCACCUGGAAUCCCCAAUCCGCCAUGGAAAUGCACCUCCCCCGCCGCCGCCUCCCUUAUUUACUCCCCCAUCUCCUCCCUUCCCAACUCGCCCUCCCUCCCCGCUCCCUCCUCCCUCUCUGCCCGCAGACCCGAUCGAUCCCGAUCCCUCCGAUGGCUCUCCGCGCGAUCGCGUCCCGCAAAACCCUGGCCGCGCUCGGCUCCGGCCUCCGCGCCCAGGCUAGGCUCGCCACCACCGCCGCCGCCGCCGCGGCGUCCCGCGGCCUCGUGACCUUCUCGCUCCCCGAUCUCCCCUACGACUACGGCGCUCUGGAGCCGGCCGUCAGCGCCGAGAUCAUGCAGCUCCACCACCAGAAGCACCACCAGAGCUACGUGACGAACUACAACAAGGCCCUCGAGCAGCUGGAGGACGCCGUGGCCAGGGACGACGCUCCGGCGGUGGUUAAGUUGCAGAGCGCCAUCAAGUUCAACGGCGGAGGUCACAUCAACCACUCGAUAUUCUGGAAAAAUCUUGCUCCCAUUCAUGAAGGAGGCGGGGAGCCACCAAAAGGUUCACUAGGUUGGGCCAUUGACGCAGAUUUUGGCUCUUGGGAAGCAUUCGUGCAGAAAAUGAAUGCAGAAGGUGCUGCUUUACAGGGCUCCGGAUGGGUGUGGCUUGGUCUGGAUAAGGAGUUCAAGAAACUCGUGGUGGAAACAACAGCAAAUCAGGAUCCGCUGGUGACCAAAGGAGCCAAUCUAGUUCCUUUAAUUGGCAUAGAUGUAUGGGAGCAUGCAUACUAUCUGCAGUACAAGAAUGCGAAGCCCGAUUAUCUGAAGAACAUAUGGAAAGUGAUUGACUGGAAAUACGCCAGUGAAGUGUACGAGAAAGAAUGCCGUUGAGCGAUGGAAAGUCGGGGCUCAAACAUCCAGUCUGUCAUUAAAUGAAAUAAAUUCGUGUACAGCUAGGGAAUUCCAACGAGGUGUUGUAGCCACUGUUGUAUCUCAUAUUCGCAUCAUGAGUGAAAGGUGCUGGAUAAAUCUGAGCUUUGUUCCUCUUUUUGUUGAUCUCUUUAGAUGCGAAAUAUGGCAAAUUGUGCAUUAUUCAAUGAUAUGCUGAAAGGUGUUUAAUAUUCAA